AUGUCACUGCUAAACUCUGACAAAUCUCUAGUAUACCAGUCUGACAACGAUGGAUCAUUCCCCAUACACAUGGCAGUUACUACAAGGCAGUUGUACCUGGUCCUUGGUUUGCUUAAGAAGUGCCCUGAUUGUGCCCAGCUAGGAGACGCUAGAGGCAGGACAUUCUUCCAUAUAGCUACCCAACAAGGCUCCACGGUGCUAGUCUUUUUGGUUUUGUCACUUUUACGAGAAAAACCAAGGUUUGCAUCAAUCAUAAAUAUGCAGGAUAAUGAUGGCAACACUGGGCUACACCUUACUGUCCUAGCCAGGUCGUUGCAUACUUUUCUAUUUAUGUUGUGGGAUAAGGAUGUUAUGUUGAAUUUAUCAAAUUGCGAGGGGAAAACUGCGUUUGAUCUUGCACAGAGCAACAUACCCAUGGGUGUUACUUUUGGACUGGAUCCGAGUCAUAGCAUAUACUCUCUGCUGAUGGUGGCCGGUGCUCGAUAUGGUGCUCACAGUGAAAUCCAUGACCCUGUAGUACUAGAUAAGGAGAAGGAAGAAAAGAAUAUCAUGGACUCCACACCAACCAUUAGCAUUGUAUCAGCGCUACUCGUGACGGUCACAUUCGCAGCAUCUUUUACUGUACCCGGUGGGUACCGCGCCGAUGAUGACCCUGUGUCGAGCCACCAAACCGCUGGCACCCCGGUGCUCGCCGCCACGUACUCUUUCCAGGCCUUCAUUAUCGCCAACAACCUAGCACUACUAUGCUCCUCCAUGGCCACCAUCAGCCUCAUGUACGCUGGGAUCACCACGUUCGACAUCGGAACACGGAAGUGUGCUUUCGUCUUCUCUAUCUUCUUCCUCAACAGCUCGGCCCGGAGCCUGGCUGUUGCGUUCGCCUUCGGCAUGUACGCGGCGCUUGCACCGGUCGCCCACGCAGCUGCCGUCGGCACAUGGCUAAUCCCGACUGCCUCGUUGCUUGACGUUGUUUGGUUCGUGUGUGCGUUCAUGAUCCGUGGUUGUGUUCAUAUGCCCACUCCUUAG